AGUAACAAAAAAGUCUGAUGUUUAUAGUUUAGGCGUACUUAUGUGGGAAAUAUCUAAAAGUCGUCCUCCAUUUAAGCCUACAAAUGAAAUAUGCCAACUUUCGGAAUUAACUAUAGAUAUGUUAAAUGAUGCCAGCGUAGACUUUAUAGAAAAAGCUCAAACAGCUUAUAUUGCUUUAUAUGCUGGUAUUGAAAAGGCUCGAAAAGUUGAAAAUUCCUGA